CGCCUCUCCCUCCCACUUCACUCUCUCAUUCUCAGACUCUCAUCUUAUUUCACUACCUUAGUCACUCCCAAUUUCUCAAAGCCUCACAACACCACUAGGCACCACCAAUCCACUACACCGAUCCAGGUGGUUCUAGCUCCAGCCGGCGGUCACGAAGGGCACACCACCAGUCCGGUCCUCCUCCCUCUCAAUCUCACUCACUCACGGUACCACACACUCACAGUCACAGUCACAGUAAAUUGAUCUUUGACUUUUUUAUUCGACUCUUGUUAUAAAAUAUUUGUGGACACAACGGAUCUCUCUAUCUUCAUACAUUGACACCAAUAAUAUAAGAUAAUAGUACUCUUCUCUCAUUUAUUCUGUCUCAAAAACCAAGCCCAAAUUCUUACAGAGAAAAAUAUAGUAUUGAUUUAAAGACAUGAAAACUCGAAGAAUUGAAUUGACUCAGUCUGAUCUUACACUCAUUCCAUUGGAUUACAUCCAAAAGGGUCUUCUCUUCCCAAAACCUCAAGAUCAAGCUCAACCCUUCUCUCAAUGGCUAGAACGCUUGAACACCGCUUUCUACAAAGCACUUGACAUUUUCUUUCCUCUGGCGGGUCGCCUAGUCAUGAUCCAAAACGACGACGUUCAGCUCACCAAAUCUUUCUUCAUAGACUGCAACGACGCCGGUGGUGCUUCCGUCGACCACGUCACCUUUGACGGCGUCACAGUGGCUGAUAUUCUCGACCCGGUCUACAUCCCUGAAGACGUCGUUUACUCCUUCUUUCCCUUGAACAGUGCUUUAAACUACGAAGGAGUUUCGAAGCCAUUGCUGGCAGCUCAAGUAACGGAGUUAGUUGACGCAGUUUUCAUCGCUCUCUCCGCUAACCAUUCCGUUGCGGAUGGCACUGUCUUCUGGCUUUUCUUUAACACAUGGUCUCGAAUUUCUCGCGACAACGGCGUCGUUUUAGACCCUCCCCAUCUCGUUUUCGAUCGUGACCAGUUCUUUGAAGGUGUCAGCGGUACUGAUCUUCCACUUCGAAUACCCUUCAACCCAGAUGAUAUAGAAACUCCUAGUUCAACACCAAUAACAUUGAAGCAAAGAAUGCUUCAUUUUUCGAAAGAAAGCAUAGCCAAACUCAAAGCAAAAGCCAACGCUGAGAUAGUCGACUUGCCCACCAUGGCCAACGUUAACAUAUCAUCUCUUCAAGCGGUCAUGGCUCACCUUUGGGUAUCCAUAACCCGAAACCGACGUCAUCUCAAACCCGAACAGAAUGUAUACUACAUCGUCAUAGUGGGUCUCAGGCAAAGAACAGAUCCGCCUUUAGCGGAAGCGUAUUUUGGUAAUGCCGUGUUGAUUGGGACAGUGGAGACCACAGCAGAGAAGCUGCUUGAGAAAAAUGGAUUGGGCUGGGCCGCGUUGCAGAUAAAUACCAUGGUUGCUUCGCAGACAUCAGAAAAGGCCAGAGAGUACUUGAAGGAUUGGGCCGAAAGCCCAAAAGAAGUAAAAAUCCAGAAAGAGUCUGGGGUUCAACUAGGGACUGGUAGUUCACCACGGUUCGAUGUUUAUGGCAAUGACUUCGGCUGGGGAAGACCACUGACAGUGAGAAGUGGUCCAGGGAACAAGUUUGAUGGGAAGUUGACUGUUUUUCCUGGGGCUACUGAACAAGGAAGCAUUGACUUUGAGGUCUGUCUUCGGUCGGAGACACUUGAAUCCAUGGCCUACGAUGAAGAGUUCUUAGAGACUCUAACUAUAUGAGUGAUUUUAUUUUUAUUUAGGGAAAUUUUCAUCUUCGUCUGAGACCAAAAAAAAAAAAUGAUAUGAGUACGUGUGCUAUGUUAGAUUUACUUAUUAUAAUUAUUAUUAAAAUGCUCUUGUUUGGAACUGUU